AUGGGGAGGGGUCGAUUCGCCAAACAUGGUCUCAUCCAAUACCACUUAAUCUACUUGCAAGUUAAUGUUAGUUAUUUAGAAGAAGUGAUUAAGCACUUCAUGGAUCUUUUAGCCAAAAGGGUUGACUUGGAAUGUAGCCAGGAAAAUUAUUUAGAGGAAGCUCUUGAUGUUAAUGACCUUGAAGCUGAUAAGAGACCAGAAGACCUAAUGCUAAGCUAUUUCAGUGGAAAAAAUGAAAAAAAAAAUCAUUUAGAUAGGGAGCUUGUGACUCUAUGGUUUGAGUUCUUAUGGGAGACAUAUUUGAUAGUUCUUGAAAUUCUCAAAAACAAUUCCAAGUUGAUGGCUCUUUAUGCUACAAGUUUUGAUAUUUAA